AUGUCAGCUCCUACUCUUUGUGGCCUUAUGUAUAACAGAACAAAUGUUGCCCAGUCCUGCACUACCUUCGAGAUCGACGAUCUGGCUUUGGCUGUGAUUACCUACGUGGGGCUGAGCCUCUCUCUGCUGUGCCUCCUCCUGGCAGCCCUCACCUUCCUCCUGUGCCGGCCCAUCCAGAACACCAGCACCUCGCUCCACCUGCAGCUAUCACUUUGCCUCUUCCUGGCCCACCUGCUCUUCCUCGUGGGGGUUGAUCAAACUGAGCCUAAGGUGCUGUGCUCUGUCAUUGCUGAGGCCCUGCACUACCUCUACCUGGCCUCCUUCACCUGGAUGCUUCUGGAAGGCCUGCACCUCUUCCUCACCAUCAGGAAUCUCAAGGUGGCCAACUACACCAGCGCAGGCAGAUUCAAGAAGAGGUUCAUGUACCCUUUUGGCUACGGGAUCCCAGCUGUGAUCGUGGCUGUGUCUGCAGGCGUUGGACACAAAAAUUAUGGAACAAAUACUCAUUGCUGGCUGAAACUUGAUAAAGGCUUCAUCUGGAGUUUCAUGGCACCGGUGGCCGUCAUUAUCUUGAUAAACUUGGUGUUCUACUUCAUAGUUCUGUGGAUUUUGAAAAGCAAACUUUCUUCCCUCAAUAAAGAAGUUUCCACCAUUCAGAAUACCAGAGUCAUGACAUUUAAAGCCAUUGCUCAGCUAUUUAUCCUGGGCUGUUCUUGGGGCCUUGGUUUUUUUAUGGUUGAAGCAGUAGGGAAGACAGCUGGAUUAGUCAUUGCCUACAUGUUCACCAUCAUCAAUGUCCUGCAGGGAGUUUUGCUCUUCGUGGUGCACUGUCUCCUUAAUCGCCAGGUGCAAAUAGAAUACAAGAAAUGGUUUACUGCAAAGUGGAAAGGAGUUGAAGUGGAAAGCACUGAGAUGUCUCGGUCUACUACCCACACCAAAAUGGAGACUCUGGAGAAGCCAUCAGAGUUUGUACAGAAAAAAGACACCAAAGACACUGUGUCCACCCAACCAGAGCCGCCAGCUGACCUUGCUGCUGUUUCCUGGCUAAAGACAAAGGAAUGAUCUGCUGAUCGAUGGAGCCCCUUGUGGUCACAUGUGGCCUGGACACGUGCCACCACGUACAUCUCUUCCCUGUGCUGUGUUGACUCCUUCCCGUAUUUUGGUCUCUAUUGGUCUCUAGUUCCCUAGAAAGAAUGGGACACAUGGAGAAUUCUUAAAACCAGCAUCCUGUAGCAGAUCAUGAGCCAUUACCUGCUCAAGGGAUGGUUUUGUUUUUGUUGAUGUUUUGUUUUUGGUAUCUCAUUUUUUCAUUCUUGUUCAAAGUAUAAACAGUAAAACAAAACAAGCCAAUUCAACAAUUUCUACAAGCACAGUUCAGUGAUAUUGGUUACAUUCUUCAACUGUACAACCAUUGUCACCCCCCUCUACCAAACUGUUCCUCCUCAAUUAACAUAAACUCACUGCCACCUCAGCUUCCUACCUGACCUUUCCAGUUGCUGUGGUCAAUUUGAUCCCAUAGACAUAAUUCUUCCAAAGAGCACACUGUUCGAGGCAGACAUUAGUUACUAAAUAAGCUAAGUUAGUUGUUGUUUGGUUUACAGACUACUUUGGGAGAUAUUUUUGGUUUAGGGUUUAAAGAAUUCUUUCAGGAAAACAAUUUCAGGGGUUUGUCCAGCCUCAAUGGCUCCAGAAUGUCUGGAUUCCAUAAGAAUUUGAAAUUGUUCUGCAUUUUACCACUUUGAUCAGGAUUCUUCUAUAAAAUCUUUGAUCAAAAUGUUCGAUUACAGUAGCCGAGCACCAUCCACUUUCUUCUGGUCUCAUGGCAAAGGAGGUAGUUGUUGAUGGAGGCAAUUAGUCACACAUGCCAUUUCUUCCGUCUCUUCCUGACUCUUCUUUCUCAGCUGCUUCAGGUGAAUAGAGACCAAUAGUUGUGUCUUGGAUGGCUUGCAAGCUUUUAAGACCCCAGGCACUAUGCAAGGAGCCAGGAGGUAGAACAGAAGCACUAAAAAUGACACUAGGUCAAUUACCUAGGAUGUCUCAAGGGGUGCUUUUGAAUAAUGUGGGAAAUGGGGUUGAGUUUCUGACCCCUUGGCUAACACCUGGGUUUAGUUCACAGCACCCUCUCUUGCCUCCGCCUCUCCCCAUUCCUCUCCCCGACUUGUAUGGUGUUGCAUUUUAUGCCCCCAAAGACCUUUCAUAACUCAACGUUUGCCUAACUCAGUAUUCUCCAUAUGGACAAAUAUUAAAAGGGACGGUUGUAUUCUUGGAACGCGAAAAUACACCAUCACUCAUGCUUAGGGACACAUCGUGGAUGGGAGGGUGCUUGUAGCCAGGCGACCAGCACUGUUCCCUUUUUUUUUGCCCGAUGACAUGUUCAAACCUAAAUGUAAGCCUAGGUUAAAGAUAGUUUUCUUUUCUUGAGUAUUUCCAGCAGAUGCUCCAAACAACAUGGCGUAUCACAGUGGUGGUUUGGCCUUAUUUGUUUUAUCACUUUCAAUUUCUUGUCCAAAGUUACCGAUUUUUCGGUGUGUUU